AGAUAAGUCCAAAACGACAGCUGAUUGGGCUGGGCCAGUGGAACGUCCUCUGAGUGACACGUAGACGAGUUCAGCAUGUGGUUGACGGAUAUCCCAAAGCGACGUCGUUUUAUGACGAACAGUUCACAUGCCAAACUGAACUCAAUUUCGCAUUUUCCUCUCCAUUUAUUUAUUUUUUUUCGCGAUUUUUCUUCCACGAAUAUUCUUCUCAGACUGCCUUCUCCGGUUCUCUCUUCUCCUCUCAGAAUUCUCCGAUUCUCUUCUGCUCCGGCGACGCUGGGGCUGAGGAAACCGGAGAGUUUUAUAGAUUUCAUCUAAUCACAAACAAGUAUUGAAGGUUUCUUUGUUAGGAUUUCAAUGGCGUUCGCUUCUUCUAGUAGUGUUAUCUGUCAGAACAGAGCCUUGUCGUCCUCCGUCGUUUCUUCUCCGGGACUUUUACACCAUCGCUGCUUCUCACGGCUUCAAUCGCAGCGUAUUCUUCAUUGCAAUCGUCGUUUGUCUUCGAACAUCGGGAUAAACGCCGCUCCGUCUCUUUCUUCGGCGCCCUCUUCCGUCGUCGCUAAAACUGCUCUAUCCGAUGCUCAUGUUCAAAGUCAGAGCUCCAGUUCUGCUCCUGGUAGUGGGUGGUCUGAUUUUGCCAAAAACGUCUCUGGCGAAUGGGAUGGAUAUGGUGCGGAUUUUUCUUCUGGAGGAACGCCAAUUGAACUUCCAGAAUUCGUUGUCCCCGAUGCUUAUAGGGAAUGGGAGGUUAAGGUUUUCGACUGGCAGACUCAGUGCCCCACUCUUGCGGAACCUGAGAAGCCCUCUUUCAUGUACAAGACAAUAAAGCUACUUCCUACAGUGGGAUGUGAAGCCGAUGCUGCAACCCGUUACAGCAUUGAUGAGAGAAAUGUUGGAAAUAGAAUUGGUUCAAAUGAUGAAGUGACUGCCUUUGCGUAUCAACGUAGUGGAUGUUAUGUAGUUGUUUGGCCGGUUAAGGUUGUGGGUUCUUAUAAGUUAAUGGAGUUGGAGCAUUGCCUGGUUAGUCCUCAAGAUCGUGAAUCCCGUGUGAGGGUUGUUCAAGUUGUCCGAGUCGAAGGCACACGGCUAGUGUUGCAGAGUAUCAAAGUUUUCUGCGAGCAGUGGUAUGGACCAUUCAGAAACGGAGAACAGCUUGGUGGAUGCGCCAUCCGAGACUCAUCAUUUGCUUCUACAGCUGCCUUGAAAGCUUCUGAGGUUGUUGGUUCAUGGCAGGGUCCUGUCUCUGUUGCCCGUUUUGAUGGUUCUCAGAUUAAUGUUAUACAAGAACUUUUGGCUGACAAUGUGCAAAAGUCGGUGAGAACUGAAUCAGAACUCAAGGUACUUCCUAAGCAACUAUGGUGUUCCCUUAAAGAAAGUGAAGACAGUGAGGAUACUUGCUGUGAAGUAGGAUGGCUUUUCGAUCACGGGCAUGCAAUUACAUCAAGAUGCAUCUUCUCAAGCUCAGCAAAAUUGAAGGAAAUAUCGAUUGCAAAUGAGACCCCUGCUUAAUAUGGUAACCAAUGGACAGCGGUUCAAUCGAGCUAGAGAGAAGGCGCCGAUUCCUUCAUUAGCCAUCACGUAGGCGUUCGGAUUACAUCAAGGUGACUUUGGAUAAAGUAUAGCUCUGAAAUAAGUAUGCUAUGUAUUUGCCAUUCUACAGAAUGAAGUAUAAAUAUAUAAAAACUCACUUGUAGUGUGCAAUCGUUUCCAGAUCUAGUAACAAUCUUAUUGUUUCUAAAGAAGCUCUAUAUAUGACCAACUUCUCCACA